AGAAGAAGGGAUAAGAUUAUAAGGAAGUUGGAAAUGAGUGAAGAGAGUCUCUGAAUUCUGAAAUGGGUUUCGCUUUCGCUUACACUGCUUCCACUUCCUCAAACCUCCAAUCCCACUCUCUCUUCGCUGCAUUCAGAUCAAAACCCUCUCUCUCUUUCUUCAAUACUUAUCCACCCAAACGCAUUCGAAACCGUUCUCCAAUUAUUCGCGCUCAAUCCCAAAAUGGACCUAUGCUUACUUCUGAGAAACCCGACACUAAUUACGGAAGACAAUACUUCCCCCUCGCUGCUGUUGUGGGCCAAGAUUCUAUAAAGACGGCUCUUUUACUUGGGGCAAUUGACCCUGGGGUUGGAGGAAUUGCCAUACAAGGAAAGCGAGGAACUGCCAAAACUGUAAUGGCACGUGGAUUGCAUGCGAUACUGCCUCCUAUUGAAGUGGUGGCAGGUUCCAUAGCCAAUGCAGAUCCAUCCUGCCCAGAAGAGUGGGAAGAUGGUCUUCCCGAAAGCGUGGAAUAUGAUGCUGAUGGAAAUAUUAAAACUCGUAUUAUCAAGUCUCCCUUUGUUCAGAUUCCUCUUGGAGUUACAGAGGACAGACUCAUUGGAUCAGUUGAUGUUGAGGAGUCUGUGAAAACAGGCACAACUGUUUUCCAGCCAGGCUUACUGGCUGAAGCUCAUAGAGGUGUUUUAUAUGUUGAUGAAAUUAAUCUUUUGGAUGAGGGUAUUAGUAAUUUGCUCCUCAAUGUAUUGACUGAAGGAGUAAAUACUGUUGAAAGAGAGGGGAUCAGCUUCAAGCACCCUUGCAGGCCCCUUCUCAUUGCCACCUAUAACCCAGAUGAGGGUGCUGUUCGUGAACAUCUUCUAGAUCGCAUUGCGAUUAAUCUAAGUGCAGAUCUUCCAAUGAGUUUUGAAAACCGUGUUGCAGCUGUUGGAAUUGCUACAGAGUUUCAGGAGAACAGUAACCAAGUAUUUGAGAUGGUUGAAGAGGAAACAGACAAUGCAAAAACUCAGAUCAUCUUGGCUAGAGAGUAUCUAAAAGAUGUUACUAUUAGCAGAGAACAAUUAAAAUACCUAGUUAUUGAAGCUUUACGAGGUGGUUGCCAGGGACAUAGAGCUGAGCUAUUUGCUGCCCGUGUUGCAAAGUGCUUAGCUGCUCUGGAGGGACGUGAAAAGGUUUAUGUGGAUGACCUAAAAAAAGCAGUAGAACUGGUCAUUCUACCCCGGUCAAUUGUUACUGAGAGCCCACCAGAGCAACAAAAUCAACCUCCUCCUCCUCCGCCUCCCCCACAAAAUCAAGAAUCAAGUGAAGAACAGAAUGAAGAGGAAGAACAAGAGGAUGACAAGGAUGAAGAGAAUGAACAACAGCAAGAACAAUUACCUGAAGAGUUUAUCUUUGACGCUGAAGGGGGCUUGGUAGAUGAAAAACUCCUCUUCUUUGCCCAACAAGCACAAAGACGCCGUGGGAGGGCUGGAAGGGCGAAAAAUGUUAUAUUUUCAGAGGAUAGAGGCCGAUACAUCAAGCCAAUGCUUCCAAAGGGCCCUGUAAAGAGAUUAGCUGUUGAUGCAACCCUUAGAGCUGCUGCACCUUAUCAAAAAUUGCGAAGGGCAAAGGACACUGGAAACAGUAGAAAAGUAUUUGUGGAGAAAACUGACAUGAGGGCAAAGAGAAUGGCACGUAAAGCAGGAGCAUUGGUCAUAUUUGUGGUUGAUGCAAGUGGAAGCAUGGCAUUGAACAGGAUGCAGAAUGCAAAAGGUGCAGCACUUAAACUUCUGGCUGAAAGUUAUACAAGCAGGGAUCAGGUAUCUAUAAUUCCGUUUCGUGGAGAUGCAGCUGAAGUUCUCCUACCACCUUCUAGAUCAAUUGCAAUGGCAAGGAAGCGUCUUGAAAGGCUUCCAUGUGGUGGAGGGUCCCCACUAGCUCAUGGUCUUACAACGGCUGUUAGGGUUGGAUUAAAUGCGGAGAAAAGUGGCGACGUUGGACGCGUAAUGAUUGUUGCAAUCACUGAUGGCAGAGCCAAUAUAUCAUUGAAAAGGUCAACUGACCCUGAAGCUGCUGCAGCAACUGAUGCCCCAAAACCUUCAGCGCAACAAUUGAAAGAUGAAAUUCUUGAGGUGGCUGGGAAAAUAUAUAAAGCAGGAAUGUCUCUCCUUGUCAUCGACACUGAAAAUAAGUUUGUCUCAACGGGUUUCGCCAAGGAAAUUGCUAGAGUUGCCCAAGGGAAGUAUUAUUAUCUUCCAAAUGCAUCAGAUGCUGUUAUCUCAUCGGCAACAAAGGAAGCUUUAUCAGCUUUGAAAAGUUCAUGAAAACUAACAAGAAUUAAGCAGCCAAAUACGAUUUCUUCCCCCUUUUGUCGUAAAAGUUAAUUCAAAUCAUGCCACUAUCUAUGAUGGGAAGAAAGCACAUCGUAAUAGCUUGCUCCAUUUUUUCUGUUUAUGAUCCAGUUUUCCCCCAUUUUAAGUUAGUAGUUUCCCAAUUAGAAAUGAAAAUGAUGUUACGAGUAUAGGUUUCUCCUGGACAUACAGAUCUCAAACUUUCUUCUGUUUGCCACGGUGUACGAUAUUAAAUGAAUCCAUUUAUAUCUGAAUUUCAAUCUAAUUCCAUUCUUAUAUUGA